AGACCAUGGUCAAUUAAGUAAAACUGUAUAACCUUAAUGAAUUAUCUCAAACUCGUGUCCAUCGGAAUAUCUCAGUGUGUCACAAGGAUACGGCGAGAACGGUCUGUACUUUUGUCGAUUCUGUCCUACUGACUCUACUUUUAGCGUGCACAAUGUUUCCAACCAUAGCGAAGGUCUUGCUUCUAUCCGUGGUAACGCCAAUAGCCUUAGGAUUAGUAGAAACACCUACAGAAAAAAUACACUUCAAAGCUUCUACAUCAAAUGACGUGAUCCUUAGUUUCAAUCCAAGUCCCAACAUCGUCAUCAAGUCAAUUUCGCAACAAAGUUUUGCCACCAGAGGAGACAAAAUCAACCAACUGGUCGCAAAUCUUGAGCAAAAUACAAAAACCUCGCAACAAAUUAUACACGAUUACCUCACGUCGAAUAACAUUGCAUUCAUUCCAAUCUGGAUAACUAACCAAAUUUCCGUUAAAAACGUUGACCUUCAAUUGCUGGAAGAAUUGUCGAAAUUUGAGGACAUCAUAGCAAUCGAGGAAGACCUCCUAAUUCCAGUACCUCAAGAAUUAGUAGCCGACCAACCGACCGACCGCAUCGAAACGAGACGAGAUGAGAGCGUGGUCGAAUGGGGAAUCCAAAUCAUCCGAGCGAACGAAGCUCGCUUUCUCAUCAACUCCUCCGGCUUGACCCAUGACGAAGUUCGAGUUGGCAUAAUCGACACUGGGAUUCGCUUAACUCACGAAGCCAUAGAAGACAAGUACUACGGGACUUAUGGGUGGUUUGACCCUUACGGUUUGACCGACUCUCCAGACGACGGGAACGGUCAUGGCACGCACGUUACAGGGACAAUCCUGGGAAGUAAAGGGAUCGGAGUCGCUCCAUUCGCAAAAUGGAUGGGAUGCAAAGGAUGUGAUACGUCGACCUGUGCAGUAACUGCGCUUCUUCUCUGUGGCCAGUACAUCACCUGCCCCACCCUUCCAGACAUGUCGGCAAAGAACUGUACCCUAGCCCCCCAUGUUGUUAACAACAGUUGGGGCGGUGGUCAGAAUGUGUCUUGGUAUGAUGUCGUUAUCAACGCGUGGCACGAGGUUGGAAUCAUUCCGGUCUUCGCUGCCGGUAAUUAUGGGCCCCUCUGCAGCACUGUAAGCUCACCUAGCGAUCGAAAUGUCAUUUCGGUGGGCGCAACUACGUCCACUGAUACCAUUGCGUCCUUCAGUGGUCGUGGACCUGCUAUUGAUGGAGGGAUGAAGCCGGACAUUUCUGGUCCUGGGGACCUUGUCUUGUCCUCCACAAAUGUGUCCGAUACUUCGUACGGCCUAUACAGAGGAACUAGUAUGGCCACCCCUCACAUAGUUGGAGUCAUCGCGAUUAUGAAGUCGAUCAAUAUCAAUUUGUCGUAUGAGGAAGUAAAAUAUUGGUUGGAAAAUGGAGUGGAUACCACCAUUUUGCAAUCACAAAAUAUUGCUUGUGGAGGAAUCCCAGAUAAUCAGUUUCCAAACCCGUUUUUUGGACAUGGCCGAGUCAACGCUUUCAAAUCUGUGUCGCCAAUGCUUCUGCAAUUAUCCACCACCACCACAACAACAACAACGACAACAACUCCGAGAACAACGCCUCGAAAUCCAAAUACUAAUUCCGGGGUGACUCUCGGGGCAGCUAAAUGGCUGGUGUUGCUUCUGACAGGUUUUGCCUUUUCACAAGUUGUGCGUACUUCUUUAUCUUUGUAAUUUAACAAGUACAAGCAUAUCUUCAUGACAGAAUCAGUAAAUUUUUUGUACACAAAAUUUUAUGACGAGUUACAUGAUAUGUUUUGAUCUUCUUACUUUAUAUAAUUUUAGUGGUUCCAAAUUAGUGAUUCUAAACUACUUAGUUUCUGUUGCAUGGGUUAAAAGUCGAACCAGUUUGAACAAAAACUCAACAUUAAAAUUGCCAAUUGUUAUUGAAAUACACCAAGCUUUGCAUAAUAAAAGCAAUUGAAGAAAACUCA